GUUCUCUGUCAACAAGCGGAUAUUUAUAGUUGGAUUUGGGUUGUAUGGCUCGAUCCAUGGCCCCACAGAUUACCAAGUAAAUAUACAGAUAAUUCACACAGAUAGCAACACCGUCCUGGGCCAGAACGACACUGGAUUUAGCUGUGACGGAUCCUCCAAUACUUUCCGGGUGAUGUUUAAGGAGCCUGUGGAGAUCCUGCCUACUGUCAGCUACACAGCUUGUGCCACGCUGAAGGGACCCGACUCUCAUUAUGGAACCAGAGGAUUGCGGAAGGUGGUCCACGAGUCACCAACCACGGGGACAAAGACCUCUUUUACUUUCUGCUAUGCCGCCGGCAACAACAACGGCACCUCGGUGGAAGAUGGACAGAUCCCAGAGAUCAUCUUCUACACAUAGCAGGCGCUGCUGGGGAUUCGCCAUCCGACGGGCUCGGCACUCCCUUCCCGCCCCCUUCACCACCUGAGACCGCCAGCUUGUUCUGCCCCAGUGAUAGGAUGGGCUCCCGUCGGCAGACUCGGAUUGGGCAAGCACUCCCAGAUUGCACGCGCUGUACAUCCAGAUGCAUGUCGGCCUUGCUGGACUGAGGCUGGCAAUCUUUCCCGUUUGUGUUGGCAAUCUGGCUGGGUGAUUUCCUUGCACUGAAUGUAGCUGCUUUUACAUCUAGUUGUUCUCGUGGAGGAAAGCUUAUUCUCAUGAGAAGAGUCCCCCCGCCACCAAAGAGAUUCCCCCUCCCCACAUUUCAGGCAGGCAGGAGACUAGGCAUGGCAUGAGUGGUGAAGGCAUCUUAGAUGGUUGGUAUAUCAGCGGAGUGGUAGGGCUUUAUUCCCAUUGCCCUUGUCCCCUCCCAGUUGUCUAGCAGGACAAAUGACUUGUUCUCUUUGGGGUAAUUGUGUUCACAGCCUGAAGGUGGGGUGGGUGGGUGAGCCUUUUGCAUGACAAGCAGCAUUUCGAGACAAUCCUUGACCCUGAGAAAAUAGCAGAGCUUAAAUAGGCCGAUUGACUGACUUUCCAGUUCAGUGUUUCUCAAACAUGGCCCUUUUAAGAGGUUUGGACUUCCAAUUCUGGGAGCCGUGUUUGAGAAACGCUGUUCCAGUGUGUUUCAAGGGAAAGUAAAGUGGGAAUUUACUUUACUGACCUGAUCUGAGUCGAUAUGGUCAGAUUGGGACCCCGAUCAUAUCCAGAGGAAGCUCGGUGAGGAUAAUACUAUAAUAAUAUUCUUGGCGGAUGAUAUCAGGAUAUCUGCGUUAAGGACGACUUUUUCUCCUACUUGUGUGAGGUUGGUGAAGAGUCAGCAGCGGAUGGUGGGUCUCCCUUAAAACAGCCUUGGCUACGAGCAGUUUGCAACUACAUGUACUUGAUCAUUGUAAUUAAGAGAAACACCUAAAUUUCUGCCCUUUUGUCCUCAGAAAGUUUCUUCUGCUGCUGCUGCUAAUAUAGUGCAACUUAACAAUGCAUUUUUGAUUGUUACCCUAGUGACAGGCUGGUGCUGUGGUUAGUUUGUGUGUGUGUGUGUGUGUGUGUAUUUCCCCUUAAACAGGGAGAUAACUCCCUGUCUCUUAAGCCAUUUUUUGCAGAAAUCUAAUUGAGAGAGAGAGAGAGAGAGA